GCCAACAGGAAUGUAUGUCACUAUCAGAUGCAACAGUUUCAGUCUGUGUGUACUUGACAUUGGGUGAAGGUUUAAAUGAAGGACACUGACCCAAAUUUUAAAUAAAAACACCAGAGCGUCUGACCAAGACAGAGAUGAGAGACUGACAGAACAACAAUGUGGAGGAUUUCUUGCCCCGACUUUUUGUUUCCUUAACGAGGAUCACUUGUAAAAACGCAGAGCUUUGGAUUCUUUCUACUUCGCGUUAGUCAUAAAGUGUUUUUCUGGCUCCCUUAGUCUGAUCCAGCCUGUGCCAUUCAGCAGCAACACGACAGCUGCCGCUAUGUUAAGGUCUGAGAGAGCAGUCCGAGUCUGAUCCAGCAAGGAGAAAAUAUUUUCCCAAUUGGAGAAGCAGCAGGAGGUUAAACAGAAAUACCAGCGCUGGACACAAUCUGUACUGGCUGCAGGCGAUAUCUUUUCCUUCUACCUCCUCCUCUGCAGCUGCAACUUCACCACCUGCAGCAAAGGAGCAAAAUCAAAUCUUCAACAAAAUCAGUUUCUGGCUCUUCCCUAACCUGCAGAAGUCUCAGAUCUCCGUCUUGCCGCUGCCGACAUGGCGUCGCUAGCUCUGGAGCUGAUGGGCUUCUUCCUGGGCCUCGUGGGCUUGCUGGGAACCCUGGUGGCCACCGUGCUGCCUUACUGGCAGAUCUCGGCGCACAUCGGCUCCAACAUCAUCACGGUUGUGGCCAACAUGAGGGGCCUGUGGAUGGAGUGCGUCUACCAGAGCACCGGGGCCUUCCAGUGCGAGACCUACAACUCCAUGCUGGCGCUGCCGGCCGACCUGCAGGCGUCUCGCGCUCUCAUGGUCAUCUCGUUGGUACUGUCCACCUUUGCGAUUGCCGUGGCAGUGCUGGGGAUGCAGUGCACGCUUUGCCUAGAGAACGCCGGGACGGUUAAGAGCCGUCUGGCGGGGGCUGGCGGGGUUUUGUUCCUCGCCGCAGGUUUCCUGAGCCUCAUACCUGUGGCGUGGACCACACACGAGGUGGUCCAGACCUUCUACAGCCCAAACAUACCGUCCGGCAUGAAGUACGAGCUUGGCGAGUGCCUGUACCUCGGCCUGGCCUCCGCGCUCAUCUCUAUGCUGGGUGGGGGGAUGCUGAGCGUCUCGUGCUGUGAGGAGCAGGAGGGGGGUCGCGGGAGGCGGCACGGGGGAGGGUAUCCGUACCCGGUGGGAGUCAGCAUGUCUGGCACAGGAGUUCGGACGACUUCGCAGACCUACCGGAACCCCACCCUGCAGGUGGGGGGCGUCAACACUGCCAGCAGGGGGCAGACGCUGGUCCGAAGUACUAGCAGCUCGGAGUCAAACGCUCAUGGAGCGCCGGGAGCUAAGAAGCCCACCGCAGCAGGAUAUGACAUCACAGGAUAUGUCUGACCUCAUCCCAGCACUCCAUGGAUGGAAAGGCCAAGGCGAUUUGAGAUUCUGUUAAAAUGGACUGAAUGUUUAGUGGGAUUUCCCAGCCUUUUUUUUUUUUACUUUAAAAUAAUUUGGGUUUCAUCACUGUAUACGUAAAGUUUUUUUUUCUUUUUAUAUCUAAUGCGAUAAUCUAUUGCAGGUCUCCACUCUUUACAACAAAUAAAACAUGGAGGGAAGAAGUGGUUUCUUCACAGGAGAAGUCGUGUUUAUAUCGGAUGCCUGGACAUAGCUAGCCUCGUGAGACCAUCCUGAUCUCGCGAGCUUUCAAGGUUUCACUCGCAGAUCAGUCUGGCUACUCUCCGUU